GUUACAUCAUUAUCUCACCACAACCGCGUUAUAUGAAUCAUCUCUCAUUCAAAGUUCAAACCAAUAUAAUUGGUCAUUCUAGCAUCUUGACAACCAACAGGUGAAUGCUGCUGACUUACAGACUGACUGACUGAAAAACUGUUCAUUGCAAAUUAUAGUUUACGUAAGACUGCGUAGGACUGCGUUAUCUCUCUGAGAUUUCGUUAUGUGUUGAUAUGCAAACCUCUAUCACAUUGGUUUGUUCACAGUUUGAUCAAAUGGAGAAAUUUUAACUCGACUUCUUUGUUAUGUUCAAUCUGUUUCAGUCUAUGACUCAAAGGUUAUAAGAUUGUAUUUUUUGGUUUAAAAGAAAAAUGAAUGCCGCAAAACGAAAGUUGGCACUUUUGAUAAUCGUCGUCUUUAUCAUAGCUGUGGUUUUGGCUGUGGUCUUGUCAAUCAUACUAACAAAAAAGCUAAGGAAGUCAAAAAGAAACUUGCAUGGAGCAGUAGCUUCUGACUCAGAAGUUUGCUCAAAUAUUGGUGCUGAUAUAUUGCGCAACGAAGGAACUGCCGUAGACGCUGCCAUAGCAACAUUGAUCUGUCUUGGUCUCAUUCAUCCUCAUUCAUCUGGUAUUGGUGGUGGUGGCUAUGUACUGUUAUAUAAACGAUCCACAAAAACAACAACUUAUAUAGAUUUUCGUGAAACCGCUCCCGGCAAAUCGACCUUUGACAUGUUUGGGAAUAAUGCCACUCUUAGUAAAAAAGGUGUACUCUCUGUCGCAGUUCCUGGGGAGGUGUUAGCAAUGUAUGAUUCCUGGAGAACACAAGGCCGUCUAUCGUGGAAACGGUUAUUUCAACCGACCAUUGAUCUCGCGAGAAACGGUUUCAAAAUUGACAAAUCUUUAGCAAAAGUUAUCAAAUCAACUAAAAAGGACAUUCAUAAGGACGAGGGCUUUAGGGAACUUUAUUUCCACGAGGAUGGUUCACCAAAGACGGAAGGUGAAAUUAUCACAGAUCCUACCUUUGCACGAACUUUGGAAAAAAUUUCGGUGGAUCCUUACACUUUUUACAAUGGUACGAUCGCACAAGAAAUGAUAUCUGAUCUCCAAACACGUGGAGGAAUUCUGUGCUUGGAUGAUUUGAAAACUUUCACAGCAAAGAAACGACGUGUAUUAAGUACAUCAAUUAAAGAUGACAUCCUUUACACAACGUCUGCCACCAGCAGUGGAUCUACAUUAAUAAUGAUACUUAACAUUUUAAAAGGUUUCAAGUUUGGUCCCGACUCCAUAACAGGUAACAAGCAGACACUAACAUGGCAUCGAAUUUUGGAGGCGUUUAAGUUCGGCUAUGCUUAUCGUCCGUUCAUUGGUGAUCCAGAAUUUUAUCCUAAUGUUGAAAAAUCUCAGGAUGUUCAAAUAAAUACAACGUAUGCCGAAGAUUUGCGUAAAAAGAUAUGGAACAAUGAAACACACGACAGUUUUUACUAUGGAGGGUUUUACUCCACCAGAAAAGACUUUGGAACUACACAUGUAUCAGUAAUUGGGUCAACUGGAGAUGCUGUGUCUGUUACUAGCACAGUUGGUUAUUUCUUUGGUGCAAAGAUUCGAUCUUAUACAACAGGGAUAGUCUACAACAAUCACAUGAGUUCAUUUUCGUUACCAAACACAUCAAAAAAUUAUCAACCAAAAGCCUCAAAAGCCAAUUUUAUUCAGCCUGGGAAACGCUCUGUAUCAACAGCUUGCCCAACUAUAGUUGUUGAUUCAAAAGGUGACGUGAAAAUGGUUCUUGGUGGUUCAGGUGGAUUGAGAAUAAUAACUGGUGUGGCUGUAGUUUUGCUGAAUAAGCUUUGGUUUGGUUUGAGUCUUGAAGAGUCCAUCGAAAGAGGUCGAUUACAUCAUCAACUGUUUCCUAAUACAGUUUACUAUGAGAAAAAUUAUACUCAUGAUAAUAUUCCAGAGUCUGUUUUCAUUGGCUUGAAGGAUCUGGGACACAAAAUGAAAGGAUUACGAAGAUUCUCUGUCGUUCAAGGAAUUUAUAGAAAUAAAUCGGGAUACCUAUUCGCAAAAUCUGAUCCAAGAAAAGGUGGUGUUGCUGUUGUUUUGCCGUAACAAUAACGUUGAUUAAUUAAAGACGGAGGAGUGAAUAAAGGAGAGAAAGUUAAAGAAGCCCAAAUCUUAGAGAAUCUUUUUCGUGAUGUCUUUGAUUGAGACUGUGAGACUCGAUGCAUUCUCUAAUAAUAAUAUAAUAUCAAUUUUUACAUAGUAAUAUUAAUAAUAUUUAGUUUUUUCACGAGAUUUGUUUUAUAAGUGUCAUUUUAUAGUAUUUUUUAGUUAACGUGUUGACCUCAAGAAAAACAUACAUUAAACUGCUCUAAAUAAUAAUAACACAUAUUUGCUUGUAAUUUUUCAAAUAGCAUCCUUUGUGUUCUAGUUAAUUUGUUUACUUAGUAAUGCUUCACUAUGUUAGACACAAAAAUGUAGAUAAAAAAGUAGACAAGUUGACAAAAAUUUAGACAAGUGGCAUUUGUUCACCAGUGUUCUAUAAAUGGAACAUAAA